AUGGAUGAGUCUGAGAUUGCUCUUGAUCCAGUAAUUCUUGAGAAUAAUAAAGCAAAUGAAGAAAUCGAACAUAAUGACGAAAUCAAUGAAGAGAGCAACAAUGAUGUAAUACAACAUAAAGAAAGUGGAGACACUGCCCCAGUAAUAGAACAAGAUGUUCCAAAGAUGCAAACUUCAUCUAAACAGUUUAUAGACCAAGAUACACAGUCUGAUAGCAAAGUUAGUAUUUUCAAAAGAAAAGAAUUCAUAGAUCAAAAUGAUCAAACAUGCACUCUUCCUGGCAAUGGAACCAGUAGUAUAGCAUCCCUCAGAAAACAAUCCAAAAAUAGCCAGCAUUUUGAAACUCAGGAACAGCAAUUCCCAGGCCAGGAAUCCCGCCGCAAUAGCCAGCAGCUACCUGGCCAGGAAUCCCGUCGUAAUAGUCAACAGCUACCUGGCCAGGAAUCCCACCGCAAUAGUCAGCAGCUACCUGGCCAGGAAUCCCACCGCAAUAGCCAGCAGCUACCUGGCCAGGAAUCCCGUCGUAAUACUCAGCAGCUACCUGGCCAGGAAUCCCACCGCAAUAGUCAACAGCUACCUGGCCAGGAAUCCCGUCGUAAUACUCAGCAGCUACCUGGCCAGGAAUCCCGUCGUAAUACUCAGCAGCUACCUGGUCAUGAAUCCCACCACAGUAGUCAACAGCUACCUGGCCAGGAAUCCCACCAUAGCACUCACCUCCCAGGCCAGGCAUCCUGGCAUAGUCAGCAUCUUUCAGGCCAAGAAUCCCAACGUGGCAGUCAAGUGCUGUCUGGCCAGGAAUCCCGGCAUAGCAGUCAGCAUAGUCAACAUCUCCCAGGUCAAGAAUCUCGGCGAAGCAGUCAGAAGUCUUCUAGAACACAGCUUAUGAAUGAAGCAGAAACAAAGGAACAUCCAUCUUGGGUCAGUCCAAGGACAGGGAAAGUUAUGAAAUGUGAAAGCCAGCAGACAAGUAGAGUUUGGGAGUUCAAACCACUUGCUGAUAUUCUUCAACCUUUAAGUCAAACAAUUCAUAAAAGCAGAAGUACAAAGAAAGCAGCUGCUCAAAUUUCUUCUGUAAGUACCAAUCAGCCUGUAGUACAAGAAGCAGGAAUCAGCAGCCAAAAGCCAGGGAGUCAGGCUUCACAACAGGGUAGUCAACAAUCAGUAGAGGUUGUGUCUUGGAUUAACCAAAGAACAGGAAAGAUAGUAAAAUGCACAAGUCAACAGACAAGUAGAAUCUGGGAACGAAAACCCCUUGCAGAAAUCCUUUCUAGUCAACAGACACAGACCAUCAGAGAUACUGAAGAAAAAGUGAUAACAGAAGAGAUUGUUCCUCCCAAGGGUCCAGAAGAGGAACUGGCAGAAAUAGCUGGUCAGAAAGUAGAAGGAAAGGAAUCCCAGUAUGGCAGUCAACAGGUUGAGAGCAAGGAAUCCAGACAACUAAGAGAUUUGACAGCUGUAUCUAAAAAAGUGGCAGAUGUAACACUACAAACUGACAGCACUGUGAGUAUUUUUAGGCGCAAAGAACUGAUGGACCAAACUGAACAAACAGGUUUCUCUUCUGGCAGUUCACCAAGCAGCAGAACAUCUGUGCAGAAGUUUCCCCAAGAUAAUCAGCAACAAAAAUCCCAGUUUGGAACUCAAAAGGAAGGGCAAGAAUCAAGACGUGGUAGUCAAGAAGUGGAAGGUAAGCAGUCACUGCACGUCAGUCAAGAAUCCAAAGUUCAGGAAUCCAAACAUGAAAAGGAAGAACCAGAAGGUCUGGGAUUUGUGGAUGACAGUAAAAAAGCGGAUGCUGAAAAAUCAUAUACUGAAAGCCAACAAUUAAUCAAACAGGAAUCUAAAAGGAUGAGCCAACAGUCACAACAGCCAGUUGAGACAGAGACUCAUGGGGAAAGACACCUUUCAAUGCAGCCUGUUCAGAAACCUUCAGCUGAGUACAACAAGAUAUCUGGCAUUAUUUCUGAUGAGAAAAUUGUCCAGGUGAGUGGAAGAACUGGUGUACAACUUAAAUGUACAAGUCAACAGACAAGUGACAGUCUGUUCAGAGACUAUCUAAUAGAAUUAUACGGCCCAAGUAUUAGACAGAAACAAAGUCAGCCCCCUGAGUCCAAAAAGAGCAUCCAAGAGCCAGAUAUGCCAGGAUCCAGAAAAGUUAGCCAACAGUUGGCAGCACGAGAGUCUCGAAAGAGUAUCCAGGAGCCAGAGAUACCAGGAUCAAGAAAAGCCAGCCAACAGCUGGAAGCACGAGAGUCUCGAAAGAGUAUCCAGGAGCUGCCAGGAUCCAGAAAAGCCAGCCAACAGCUAGAAGCACGAGAGUCUCGAAAGAGUAUCCAGGAGCUGCCAGGAUCCAGAAAAGCCAGCCAACAGCUAGAAGCACGAGAGUCUCGAAAGAGUAUCCAGGAGCUGCCAGGAUCCAGAAAAGCCAGCCAACAGCUAGAAGCACGAGAGUCUCGAAAGAGUAUCCAGGAGCUGCCAGGAUCCAGAAAAGCCAGCCAACAGCUAGAAGCACGAGAGUCUCGAAAGAGUAUCCAGGAGCUGCCAGGAUCCAGAAAAGCCAGCCAACAGCUAGAAGCACGAGAGUCUCGAAAGAGUAUCCAGGAGCUGCCAGGAUCCAGAAAAGCCAGCCAACAGCUAGAAGCACGAGAGUCUCGAAAGAGUAUCCAGGAGCUGCCAGGAUCCAGAAAAGCCAGCCAACAGCUAGAAGCACGAGAGUCUCGAAAGAGUAUCCAGGAGCUGCCAGGAUCCAGAAAAGCCAGCCAACAGCUAGAAGCACGAGAGUCUCGAAAGAGUAUCCAGGAGCUGCCAGGAUCCAGAAAAGCCAGCCAACAGCUAGAAGCACGAGAGUCUCGAAAGAGUAUCCAGGAGCUGCCAGGAUCCAGAAAAGCCAGCCAACAGCUAGAAGCACGAGAGUCUCGAAAGAGUAUCCAGGAGCUGCCAGGAUCCAGAAAAGCCAGCCAACAGCUAGAAGCACGAGAGUCUCGAAAGAGUAUCCAGGAGCAUCCAGGAAAGAAAGUUAGCCAACAGCUAGAAGCACGAGAGUCUCAAAAGAGUAUCCAGGAGCCAGAGGUGCCAGGAUCCAGGAGAGUUAGCCAACAGCUGGAAGCACGAGAAUCUCGAAAGAGUAUCCAGGAGCCAGAGGUGCCAGGGUCCAGAAAAGCCAGCCAACAGCUGGAAGUACGAGAGUCUCGAAAGAGUAUCCAGGAGCCAGAAGUGCCAGGAUCCAGAAAAGCCAGCCAACAGCUAGAAGCACGAGAGUCUCGAAAGAGUAUUCAGGAGCCAGAGGUGCCAGGGUCCAGAAAAGCCAGCCAACAGCUAGAAGCACGAGAGUCCCAAAAGAGUAUUCAGGAGCCAGAGGUGCCAGGGUCCAGAAAAGCCAGCCAACAGCUAGAAGCACGAGAGUCCCAAAAGAGUAUCCAGGAGCCAGAGGUGCCAGGGUCCAGAAAAGCCAGCCAACAGCUGGAAGCACGAGAGUCCCAAAAGACCAGCCAGCACCUGGAAGCACAAGAAUCCCGCAAGAGUAUCCAGGAGCCAGAGGUGCCAGGUUCCAGAAAGGUUAGCCAACCAAUUGUACAGACGCAAUCACAACAGUAUGCAGCUGAUGCAACUGAACAAUUAGGUGCCUCUGAAAGCCAAGCAACUCUAGAAAGUUUCACUGAUUAUCUAGAUAGGGAGAAUAAAGCUUUGCAGACAUACAGCAUAAUUUCUCUAGAAGACGGGAUCUUGCUGAAUAGAAAAACAGGCAAGUUUUUAGUAAGUCACAGUCAACAAACCAGGAUGACCUCACUUCUGACCAUUAAUGAAACAGCAGUAGAGGAAGGAAGAAUGGCAGAGCCAUUUGUACUUGGGAGUGAUACUGAAGGAGUAGGGCCUCAAUCUGAAGAAUUAAAUCAGAUCAGUACUACAGAUGAAGAACAGGCUGAUCAGGGCCAACAGGAACUUCUAUGUAAAGAAUCUCACCAUGGUAGUGGAGAAGUCUCUGCCCAGGACCAGCCUCCAUUGGAGAAAGAACUUGAAUCUGAUAUUCAGCAAGCUUCAAGUCAAGAACUGCUCAGUGACACCCAGAACCCUGAGAAUCUAGAGCAAACUGAGGGACAAGAACACGAGGACACAGGUGGUGUUGAACAAUUGGUAAGUCAGCGCUUGAGUGAAGAGGACACAGGUGGUGUUGAACAAUUGGUAAGUCAGCGCUUGAGUGAAGCAACACUGGAAAGCAUAGCAGCUGCUGAAGGAGAUGAUGCAUCUCUAAUGACAUAUAGUGCUGUUUCCUUAGAGGAAGGAUGCUGGAUCAAUAAAAGAACAGGCAGAAAAGUGGUAUCUCAGAACCAGCAAACAGAAGAGUCUUCAUUUCAGAAACACGAAGACACAGAGGAACCCCAGAAUGGUGACUAUGCACCAGAAGAAGGCAUGAGUGAAAUAACUGAGCCAAGUGGGUAA